AUGUCCUCCACCGAAGCGUUACUCAUUGAUGAGUAUGAUUACGAGGGCCUCCCGGAGAGCACUCCGUUGUAUGCAAACUUGAUCGCCGGAGCGUUCGCCGGUAUCGCAGAACACACACUCAUGUAUCCUGUCGAUGCCAUCAAGACACGCAUGCAAAUCGUUCAACCUGCACCCGGAGCCGUUUAUACAGGCAUCACGAAUGCCAUCAGCAAGAUCUCCACUACAGAAGGUGUACGGUCACUUUGGCGGGGUAUGACCUCGGUCAUUCUUGGAGCUGGACCUGCGCACGCUGUGUACUUUGGCACUUACGAAUUCACCAAGAACUACAUGGGUGGCAAUAUCGGCGAUGGUCAUCAUCCCAUCAUCACAGGAGCAGCAGGCGCUUGUGCCACCAUCUGCUCUGACGCACUGAUGAACCCCUUCGAUACAAUGAAGCAACGGAUGCAGAUCCACGGCUCAACAUACAAGAGCGUUGCAGACUGUGCCCGGACCGUCUACGCAAACGAAGGUCUUCGCGCAUUCUACGUCUCCUACCCAACCACCCUCACCAUGACCAUUCCCUUCACGGCCAUUCAAUUCUCAACAUAUGAAUCCUUGUCGAAAGUACUCAACCCGAAAAAGAAGUAUGAUCCUGUGACACACAUGAUCUCAGGUGGUCUUGCCGGUGCUGCUGCAGCUGCUGCAACAACACCCCUCGAUGUCAUCAAGACUUUGCUGCAAACACGCGGUACGAGUACAGAUGCACGGAUCCGUAAAGCAGAUGGUUUGAUGGAAGCUUCGAAAAUUGUCUAUGAACGGCAUGGGUAUGCAGGCUUCUUUCGUGGCUUGCGGCCGAGAGUUGUGGCUGCUAUGCCGGCGAAUGCAAUCUGCUGGGCCCUUCUCUCACUUCCAGCAGAGACAAGCAACAGGCCCAGACGGCCGCUGCAUCGUCUUCCACCCACCUCAGACUCUGGUGAACGUUACAACCACGAUAUCACCACCAUGAAGAUCAUUCUCGCGUCAAACCGUAUGCCGGUUUCCAUGACCAAGAAGGAACACGGCUACAGCUUUGGUCAGGGCGCAGGUGGCCUCGUCUCCUCUCUUGCUGGUCUUGCGCGCUCUACAAAAUUCACUUGGUACGGCUGGCCUGGCUUGGAGGUGCCCAGUGAAGACCGGCCCGGUGUGGAAGAGACACUUAUGCGCGAUUAUACAACAGUCCCAGUGUACCUGGAUGCAGAAACGUCAGACAGACACUACAAUGGCUUCAGUAAUUCGAUCCUCUGGCCACUCUUCCACUACCAUCCAGGAGAGAUAUCCUUUAACGAGCAAGAUUGGGCGGCGUAUAAGCAAGCGAAUCGCGCUUUUGCACGCGCCAUUGUACACUCCAAGGAAGGUGUACAGGAUGGUGACGUUAUCUGGGUCCACGACUACCACCUCAUGCUACUGCCCCAGAUGCUGCGCGAAGAAAUGGGUGAUAGCAGCAAAAAUGUUCGCAUCGGGUUCUUCCUGCAUACACCCUUUCCCUCCUCUGAAAUCUAUCGCAUCUUGCCUGUUCGCGAAGAACUACUGCGUGGACUGCUGAGUUGCGACUUGAUUGGCUUCCACACGUAUGAUUACGCACGACACUUCAUCUCAUCGUGUGCACGUAUCCUCAAACUCAAUACUUUGCCAAAUGGUAUUGAGUGCCAAGGACGCAUGGUGCAUGUUGGUACGUAUCCUAUUGGCGUUGACCCAACGCGCUUCGAAGAAGGCCUAGCGAAACCAAAAGUCCAGCAACGCAUUAAAGCCCUUGAAUCGAAGUUCCAAGGCAUCAAAUUGAUUGUAGGUGUGGAUCGACUUGACUAUAUCAAGGGUGUGCCCCAAAAGCUCCAUGCAUUCGAGGUCUUCCUCACUGAACACCCAGAAUGGAUCGGUAAAGUGGUGCUCGUGCAAGUGGCUGUACCGUCACGCGAGGACGUCGAAGAGUACCAAAAUCUACGCGCCGUUGUCAACGAGCUCGUGGGCCGUAUCAAUGGCAAAUUUGGCACGAUUGAAUUUAUGCCGAUUCAUUUUUUGCAUCGCAGCGUUUCCUUUGAUGAGCUCAUUGCGCUGUACAGCGUCUCUGAUGUGUGCCUCAUUUCUUCGACGCGAGAUGGCAUGAACCUCGUUUCAUACGAGUAUGUGUGCACGCAAGAACACCGACAUGGUUCAUUGAUUCUCUCUGAAUUCGCAGGCGCUGCGCAGUCCCUGAAUGGAAGCAUCAUCGUCAAUCCGUGGAACAUUGAAGAUCUCUCCAUUGCCAUUCACGAAGCUGUUACGAUGCCGGAGGAAACACGUCGUGUCAAUUACGAAAAAUUAUCGCGGUACGUUCACAAGUACACAUCUGCGUAUUGGGGCGCUUCCUUUGUUGGAGAGCUGAAUCGGAUCAAGGAAGAGGCAGGUGCGAACACGGGCGCCGGUCAGUCGGCAAGAGCGUUGUCGUCGUCGCAAGCGGAUGCGUCCAUCAAGCAGCAGGAAGGAAGACAGCAAGAGGGGAGCAUGGAGGUGGAGAGAGAUGCCUAG